AUGGAUGAAGAAAACAGUACAACUGAUCAUUCGUCCACACUACCCCAAGCUAUUCUUCUGAUUUCUUCCCUGAUUUCUCUCUCCCAUUCCAUCAAAGUCUUCUCCCCCAAAUGGCAAAUCAUCCGCUCCAAAUUCCAAGACCUCCUCUCCAAUCUCACCGCCAUCCACAACUGCCAAUCCGCCGCACAGAUUCCAUCUCUCCCGCCACUUCUAGACUCCAUCUUAGCCACUCUCUGCAGCUGCGACGGCCUCGCGAAGCAGUGCCUGAACCUCUCCUACAGCGGGAAGCUGCUUAUGCAGAGCGAUCUCGACAUCGUCUCCGCCAAAAUCGACGCUCACAUCACCACCAUUCUCGACAUCUACGCCGCGGGACUGCUCGCCCGCGGCGACGCCAUCGUUGUUUCCCGGCCCAGCGCCGCCGCGUCGAUGGAAGAUGUCAGAUUCUACGUCGUCGAUUUGCUGUCGAGGUUCAGGAUUGGGAGCGUUGAGAUGAAGAAGCAAGCGCUCCUCGCUUUCAAUCAAGUGAUUCAGGAAGAUGAGAGAUACGUAACCGUCGCUCUGCAGCUCGAUGAUUUCAUCGGAUUUCUGGUAAACUUACUCGAUGGUGAAAUUCAGCAAGAGGCUGCGAAGUGUGUGUGCUUAAUUGCACAGAUUGAGUGUUGCAAGAGCGCAUUGAUUGGUGCAGGGGUGAUUGCUCCUUUGAUUAGGGUUCUCGAAUUGGGGGACGAAGAGAGUAAAAAGCUCGCCGCCACGUGUCUGCUUUCAGUAACGGAGAAUUCAGAAAAUGUGUGGUCUAUUUUGUCACAUGGAGGGAUCACUGCCCUCUUGAAGAUCUGUAGCGGCGGCAGCGGUGUGGAAUUGGUCGCGCUGGCUUGUGCGGUGCUGAAGAAUCUCGUCGGAGUCGAAGAAGUCAAAAGGUUCGUGGUGGAGGAGGGCGGGAUUUCUCUAUUCGUUAACCUGGCAAAGUGUAAAGAGGAAAUCAUCAAAAUUAGGUCAGUUGAUUUGCUGCAAACCAUGGCUUGCAACGAUGAAUAUGUAAAGGAAAUUAUCAUUGAAGAAGGUGGGAUUCGAGCAUUAGUGAGAGUCUUCUGCCCAAAAUCGACCUUAUCAACGAAGACAAGAGAGAUGGCAUUGAGAGGGAUAGUGAACAUAUGUUGCUCAUCGCAAAAUUCACUACAUUUGCUGGUGAAUUACGGUUUCAUGGAUCACAUUCUCUACUUCCUCCGACACGGGGAGGUCUCCGUCCAAGAACUGUCAUUGAAGACGGCGUUUUGGCUAUCCGGGACUUCAGAGGAAGGGAGGAAGGUGAUGGGGGAAGCAGGGUUCAUGCCGGUUUUGGUGAAGCUUCUAGACUCGAAAUCGGUGGAGAUUCGGGAGAUGGCGGCGGAGACGAUAUCGAGCAUGAUUGUGGUUCCGAAGAACAGGAAGAAGUUCGUGCAGAGCGAUCAGAAUCUGGGGCUGGUGCUGCGGAUGCUGGAGGUGAACAAUGCAGUGAACAAGAACCUGCUGCUGUCGAUACUGACGUCGCUGACGAGCAGCAGCGCUGCUGCCAGGAAGAAGAUUGAGACUUCCGGAUACCUUAAGCACAUCGAGAAGCUUGCGGAGGCUCAGUUUUCUGAUGCUAAGAAAAUUGUCAGAAAGAUGUCUUCCAAUAGAUUAGGCACCAUUCUCAGUGGAAUCUGGCAUUCUUGA